AUGGAACUCAAGGCAGCUGGCCAAAGUGUUGCCAUCAUUAUUGGAAAAUCGGAGGAUGAGAUCUUUAAGAUUGUUGGUAAAUCUUUGGAAUGGAAUAUUAAAAACGAAGAGUAUUUAACAAUUGAAAAACAACAAGAUGCAGAUUCGAAACUAACAUUUGUUGUUUUAAGAAUGGGAGGAGGAGGAAAUCAAGUACGAAAAUUUAAAAGAAAUCAAUUAAAAGAUCCUAAUGCGCCGAAAAGACCAAAUACUGCAUAUAUUUUGUUUAGCAAUGAAAUUCGUCCAGAGACCAAAGAUGCUAAUCCAAAAGCAAAUCAAAAAGAAAUAGUCACUAUGAUUGGCCAAAAAUGGAAAGCUCUUUCUAGUGAACAAAAAAAGGUAUAUGAAGAUCGUUAUUCGGCUGAUAAAGAAAGAUAUGACGAAGAACUUCGUGCUUAUAGAGCAGGUCAUCAUGCUGAUUCACCAGUUUCAUUAACAUCAAAUGAAGAUAAUGGUGGUGAAAGUUCUUCUAGUAAUAGCAGCAACACGUUUAUACCAGUACAAAUGAUGGCUCAAAAUCAUAAUGUUGUUGGAAGAGUGCAAAUUCCAACUUCAGUAGCUCCACCAUCACAUUCUUCCAAUGCCACCACAACCACAACAACUGCUACUACACAAUUCUUAGACCCUCAAUUAUAUUCAAUGCAAGACAUAUUAACUAAUAAACAAUCUGGUAACACGGUCUCUUUUGAAAAUGUACAGCAACAACAAGAAGAAGCGAAUUCUUCUAGAAAAAAUACUUCCAGAGCAAAUAAACGUACAAUAUCUGGUAUUAGGAAAGAUGAUAAUCCAGAUGAAAACGUGACAGAGGAUGGACCAUCUACAAAGAAAACUCGUUCUGCAGCUGCUAAAGGUGAUGAUUCUCUAAAUGAUAAUGAUUAUAAUGAUGAAGCUAUAACAAUUGUGGUGCAGGAUGAUUCUUCUUCAAAUAAAAAACAAAGACCUAAACGUGGUUCUGGUGGUAACAACGUUUCUUCUACAAAUGGAUCUAAAUCUAAUACUGCUACUCAACAAGUUAAUACUAUUGCUCCAUCAACAACACAAAUUACUACUCGUAGUACUAGACGUACUGCUAAAUCUUAA